AUGUCCUCUUCUUCCGAAAUUCAAGAAUCAUCAUCAAGCUCACCCAUUAGAGUGUGCGUUACUGGAGCCACUGGCUUUAUCGCUUCCCAUAUUGUUUACCAACUUUUGAGAAAGGGAUAUAUUGUUCAUGCCACCGUGAGAUCAGUAGAGAAGGGAAGAAGAGAAAUUAUUAAUAAUAUCAGAGAUUAUGAGAGCAAGAAUACUGAAGUUGGAAAAUUGGAUCAAAAAGUUUUAGAUGAAAGAUUGAUUUGCUUUGAAGCUGAUUUAUUGAAAGAAGGAAGUUUCAAGGAUGCUAUUGAGGGAUGCCGUUUUGUUCAUCACACGGCCUCACCAUUCAAAGUGCACGUACAAGACGCAAAGAGAGAUUUGGUAGAUCCUGCUGUAAAAGGAACUUUAAACGUUUUGCAAGAAUGUGUAAAAUUGAGAAAGUUGCAAAGAAAUGAUGAUCCAUCAAGAUUGCAGAGAAUUAUUUUGACAAGCUCAAUUGCUUCAAUUACCGAUAGCGCCAAACCAAAUAGGGUUUACAAUGAAAAGGACUGGAAUGAAGAGUCCUCCCUAACCUACAAUCCAUACUUGUAUUCGAAGGUGAUGGCCGAGAAGGCUGCUUGGCAAUAUUUACAAAAAGCACAAUUAGAACAUGGAAACGAAUUUAUUGAGCUGGUCACUCUCUGUCCUGCUGUGGUUAUCGGCCCUCCAAUGAACCCAAGGCUUAUUAGUCAAAGUCAUGAAAGCAUUAUGUUAAUGGCACGAGGAGAAUUCCCAGUGAUUUUGCCUUUAGAUUUUCCAUUUGUUGAUGUUCGUGACGUCGCAAAGGCGCACGUGUUGGCUAUGGAACACAACAUGAACGAUAGAUCAUGCUUUGCUCCAUACAAAGUUGAAAGAUUUAUUAUUUCUAAUGGAGAGACAACAUCUAUGAAAGAUUUGGUUAAGCAAAUGAGAGAAGCUAAAGUUCCUCCUUACAAGUGGGCUAAAAACUUACCAACAAUUUCACUUUAUGGGUAUAUUGGAAUUGGAGUUGGUCGAUUGGCAGCUCUAUUACAACCAAAAGGUUUGAGACAGUAUUUAACAAGUAUUCUUGGAAAACCAUUAUACUUUGAUAACUCAAAAGCUAAACGAGUACUUGGAUUGGAAUUUAAAAAUUGGAAGGACAGUGUGACAGAUUCUGUAAAGUUUCUGGAUGAAAAUGGAUUUAUUCUCAGUAAACUGUAA